UUUUCACCAUUCCUAGCACAUUCUAAAAACGUAAACAACUUAAAUUUUAGUUAAUUUUUGAACAAAUUAAUAGAAAUGUCCAUGCAAAAUGGCAAAAUAAUCGACCAGAAGGCAUACCUCAAGAAGUACCUGUCCGGCGACAAGGAGAAGAAGAAGAAAAAGAAGGACAAAAAGCACAAAAAGUCGGCAAAAGUGAAAAUCAUCGACGACGAUGCAUACGAAGAUGGUGGCCUGCAAAUGGACGAAGAUCUGUUGCUGGGCGGCGAAGAUGCGCCGCAAAUAGUGGGCGAGUACAUAGAGGACAAUCCGGAGGCUGUGCGCAGCAAGUGGCGCAACAUUGCCGUCAAGGAUGAGCUCAAAGAGGAGCAGCAGCAGGACGAGGGCGAGUCCGCGGCUGCGGCGGCGGCGUCUGCGGUGCACAUCAAACAGGAGCCGGCGGACGAGCAGCCUGAGGAGUCGCUGUGGGGUCGCAAGGCCACGAAGAACGAACGCUCCCCGCUGGCCAUCAAAAUCAAGCAGGAAAAACGCAGCAGCUCGAGGGAUUUGAGUCCAAGGAGAGGCACGAAGCGGGAAGCAGCUGCGGGGAGGAGCAAAAGGAGUCCAGAUCAGAGUCCGCAGAGGAGGAAACGGGAGCCAGAGGAGACUCCAACAAGGAGGAGGCGCGGCAGUACAGAUCAGAGUCCACCACGCAGGAGGCGCAGUCCCGAUCAGAGUCCCCCCAGGCGCAAGCGUGAGGAGGAUCAGAGUCCACCCAGAAGGCGUCGCGACACCGAUCAGAGUCCGCCCCGGCGUCGCAGAAGCCCCAACGCUGAUCAAAGCCCGCCCAGAAGGGGUCGCAGAAGUCCCAACCCCGACCAGAGCCCGCCCAGACGCCGCCGAGCUGCCGAUGCAUCCCCAGAACGCAGAAGAAAGGACGCAGAUCAGAGCCCACCCCGCAGGCGUCGCAACUCCGAUCAGAGUCCACCUCGAAGACGUCGCUCGGGCAGCAUCAAAGUGGAAUCCCCGCCCGCGCGCCGCAAGAGCCGCUGGGCCAAAGGUUCACCCUCGCCAUCCCCGCCGCCCACGCACAAACCGAAGACUUCGUCCAGGACUCUAGAUGGCAAGCGCGCCGGCCUGCAGGAUGCGCACUCGCUGAAGCAGGAGUCGGAUGAGCGGCGGCGACGUGAGCACAAAUUGUUUGAGCAAAUGUCCAGCGAGGUGUCCGGCCGCGACGCGGAGAUUCAGAUGCGCAGCACGGGCAGACGGGGACGCAGGGCGCGCGAGGCGGCCGAGGAGGAUCCCGCGGAGCAGCGGCGCAAGGAGGAGCACGAGAAGAAGAAGAAGGAGCUGUACGAUCGCUGGGGCAAGGGCCUGAAGCAAAUUGAGGACCUGAAGGUGCGCCACGAGGAAAUGGCGCACGAGGCGGCCAAGCCCGUGGCGCGCUACGCCAACGAUGAGGAUUUGGAUCGACAUUUGCGGGAGCAGGAGCACGCGGACGAUCCCAUGCUGGAGUAUAUGCGGCAGAAGCGCAAGAAGCAGGACAAGCUGGACAACAAGCCCGUGAUGCCCAAGUAUGAGGGCAGUUUCCCGGAAAAUCGCUACGGCAUUCGGCCCGGCUAUCGCUGGGAUGGCGUGGAUCGUUCCAAUGGCUACGAGCAGCGUUGGUUCGACAAGCAGAACGAGCGCAAGGCGCUGCAGGAUGAGGCGUACAAGUACAGCGUGGAGGAUAUGUAAAAUAAAAGAGAAUUUUUGUAAUAAAAAAUGUAACCUUUGCCGCCGA